CUGCCAUCAGUGUCAAAUGUGCAAGUGGAGCCAAUCGUGGUGAACAUCGAUAAGCUUGAUCUCGUGCUUGUAGAGAAGGACGAUUCAGAAAAUCUCUCCAGCCCUACCAGCAAUGCGUCAACACCAUCAUCAGCUAAAAGCACUGGUUAUGGAUAUGCUGACAAGAUUGCAGAUGGAAUGACUGUACAAGUAGGUGUCGUGAACCUGCUAUUGGAAACACAUGGAGGAGCUCGUCGCCAAGGAGAUGCAACAUGGUCACCUCCGUUAGCGGCUAUCACAUUUCGUCAUCUUGUUCUGUACACAACAAAUGAAAAAUGGCAGGCUGUAAAUUUGAAAGAAGCAAGAGAUUUCUCCAACAGCACAGGAUUCAUUUAUGUGUUCAAGAAAUUGGAAUGGCAGUCACUGUCAGUUGAUCUGUUACCCCAUCCUGACAUGUUCGCCGAUGCACGAUUUAACUCUUCAAGCAGUCAAGAUAACAAGAGAGAUGAUGAUGGUGCAAAGCGAAUGUUCUUUGGCGGUGAAAGGUUUUUGGAAGGAAUAUCAGGGAGGCUAAUGUGAAUCACUCUCCAACGAACAGAGCAGAACAAUCCACUAGGCCUUGAGGUCCAGUUGCAUAUUACUGAAGCUAUCGUUCCUGCGUUAAGUGAACCUGGUUUACGGGCCUUUCUUCGAUUCAUGACUGGGGUUUCUGCGUGCUUAAAUAGAGGAGAUUUAGAUCCAAAGUCUCAACAGCAUGCAGAAGCAGCAGGAUCUUCCUUGGUAUCUUUUAUUGUAGAUCACAUAUUCCUCUGCAUUAAAGAUGCUGAGUUUCAGCUUGAACUUCUAGUGCAAUCGCUGUUCUUCUCACGGGCUAGCAUCUCAGAUGGGGAGAGUUCAAAAAACUUGUCUUGCAUAAAGGUUUCUGGGCUAUUUCUAAGGGACACAUUUUCUCGACCUCCAUGCACAUUGAUACAACCCUCUAUGCAAGCCGUUCUACAGGAACCCUUGCCUAUUCCUGAUUUUGGUCAAAACUUUUGUCCUCCAAUAUAUCCAUUUGGAAAUCAGUUUUUGGAAUUUGCGGCUGGAAUUCCUUUAUUUUCUCUUUAUUGUCUUCAGAUCACUCCUUCUCCAUCACCUCCAAAGUUUGCUUCGAAAACAGUCAUCACAUGCCAGCCUCUUAUGGUAACACUUCAGGAACAAUCUUGCUUAAGAAUCGCCUCAUUCUUAGCUGAUGGAGUUGUGCCCAAUCACAGUGCCACAGUUGCUGAUUCCUCCAUUAAUAGCCUGUCGUUUUCUCUUAAAGAGUUUGAUCUAUCUGUUCCAUUAGAUGCUGAAGAAAUAGCGAAGUGCAGUGGGACUAAGACCGCUUGCUCGCAGUCAGCAUUUUCAGGAGCAAGACUUCAUGUAGAGGACCUAUACUUCUGUGAGUCACCAUCGGCAAAGUGUACACUUCUAAACCUUGACAGAGAUCCAGCUUGCUUCCUUCUUUGGGAAUAUCAACCUGUUGAUGCCAGCCAGAGGAAGUGGGUUAGUAGAGCUUCACAUCUGAGCCUUUCGCUUGAAACCUCUAGUACUUCAAAAGAACAGAGAGCAGUUAGGGACCCCUCUCCAAAUUCGUUGCAAUGUAUUGAAUUAGAUGACAUUCGAUUUGAGGCAGCAAUGGUUACUGCAGAUGGUAGCCCUCUGUUGGAUUUGCCACCCCCAGAGGGUGUUGUGAGAAUUGGUGUUGCUUUCCAACAGUUCACGUCCAACACUUCAGUUGAGCAGUUGUUUUUCGUCCUGGGCCUCUAUACUUACUUUGGACAGGUUGGAGAACGAAUUUCAAAGGUUAGCAAAGGUAACAGGUCCGGCAAAGAUAGUGAGCCUUCAGUUGACAAUUUUGAGAAAAAACUGCCCAGCGAUACGGCCGUGAGCUUAACUAUGAAUAGUCUCCAGCUCAAUUUCUUGGAAUAUUUGUCAGCAGGAAACCUACAUAUGCCAUUGGUUCAGUUUGGUGGAGAGGAUCUGUACCUGAAAGUUUCUCAUCGCACUCUAGGUGGUGCCUUUGCAGUCACAACUAACUUAAUGUGGAAAACUGUCUCAGUUAAUUGUUUGGAAGGAGAAAGUGCUACAAUCAAUGAGAAUGGCACUGCCGCGAUGGGUGAACAUAAUAUUGGGGUGUGUGAAAAUGGGCAUCCCAAGAUGAGAGCAGUAUUUUGGGUUGAUCAUCGCAGCAAACACCAGGUUAAAGACGCUCAAUUCAUUGACAUAAACAUCACUCAUGUAAUCCCUUACGACAUGCGGGACAUGGAGUGCCAUAGCUUGAAUGUAUCAGCUAAGGUAUCUGGUGUCCGUCUUGGAGGUGGACUGAGUUAUACCGAGUCAUUACUGCAUCGUUUCGGUAUUCUAGGUCCUGAUGGUGGUCCAGGGGAAGGCCUCUUGAGAGGUCUGAAUGAUUUAUCUUCUGGCCCACUUGGGAAACUGUUCACACCAUCCCAUGUCACGGACAAGGAAGAAAGAACAUCCGAAGACAAUGACAGCAAUUCGAAGUUUGAUCUGGGGGUGCCAGAUGAUCUUGAUGUGUCAGUUGAGUUAAGAAACUGGUUGUUCGCACUUGAAGGGACAGAAGAAGUAGGAGAUUGGUCUUCACCUCAUAGUGGUGACCAUAUUAGUAGAGAAGAUAAAUGUUGGCAUACGACCUUCAGGAAUCUGCACGUGUCAGGCAAAAGCAAUGACCGACCUAACUUGGGAGGUGCAGAGAAGAUAUUGGACAGAAGCAAAUUUCCGGUGGAGCGUUUUACGGCUGGAAUUGAAGGUUUACAAGCAAUAAAACCUCACUUGAGUAAUAAACUCAUUGGAAAUGGAAAAUUGAAUAAUAAUCAAUCAGGCGUAGGAUUUAAUAAUGCAAAUGCUAUUGGUGACCAAGGCGUUGAUGUUGAAGCUACCAUGGUCCUUGGUGAAGACGAGAUUGAGGGCUCAAAGUGGAUGAUGGAUAAUGUCAAGUUUUCCGUUAAAGAACCGAUUGAGGCCGUGGCAAAAAAAGAAGAGCUAGAGCACCUUGCCAUGAUUUGCAGAUCGGAAGCUGAUGCAAUGGGCCGGAUCACUGCUGGAAUUCUCCGUGUCCUUAAGCUUGAUAAGUCUCUUGGCCAUGGAACUAUAGAACAGCUGAAGAACCUAGGAAGUGGAGGAAUGGACAACAUUUUCACACCUACUCGGCUCAGCAGGCAGAACAGUUUUGGCAGCGUUGGCACCCCUAGGACUCCAAGGCUCAACCCACUCACAACCGUGGGGGCAAAAGAGGCCCUAGAAGCAGCAAUCGCUUCGCUACAGAGCGACAUUUCAGAAUCCAAGGCCAGAUGCGCGUCCCUCGUCUCCCACUCGACGAGCGAGGAUGAUGAUAAGAGUCUCGCCGCUGAGGACAUCAGGCAGCUGACUGACAGGCUCGAGAACAUGCAGUCCCUGGUGACUAGAAUGAGAACUCUGAUCUAAGCCGUACAUGGGUUCCUCUUAUUUUUGUGUACAGGCCGGGGCAGUACAAAUCUGGGAAGCGGCUAAUAGUGCACUUCCUUGUCGGUUAUUCUUUUGUGUACAUUUUUGUUACACGUUCCUUGGGGGUAUAAAGGUGGUGGGUGGAAUAAGCAGCAGGAAAUUUUGUAGCUGGAGGGGUGAAAUGUAGCGUUGUGAGUAAUCGAAGUAGUCAUUAGGAAGAGUGACAUGUUCUUUGUAUGUAAGAUGUGCACAAAGUGUUUGCCACACCA